GCCUCCUCUGUUGUACAGGCAGUACAGGGGUCACUCCACAAUAGUACACAGUUUGGUUUAAAAGCCUCAGAAGUCAGAUACUAAUGGAGGUCGACGUAGCAGCAACGGCACUCGUCGGUGAUGUGGCUUUUCCAUGGCCGUGGAGCCUGCUCUGCGGUCUCGCUGCCCUGCUCGUCCUGUGGGCAGCCUCCCAGGCAGCCGAGGGAUGCUGGCUGAGGCCCCGGCGGCUUGGCCGGGCGCUCCGAUCGCAGGGGCUCGGGGGCACGGCGUAUCGCUUCCCGGCCGGGGAUCUCAUGGAGAACGACCAGCUCAACAAAGAGGCGCGGUCCAAGCCCAUGCCACGGUGCCACGAUAUUGUGUCCCGCGUCGUCCCACAGCUCUACAACACUGUCAAGGAGCACGGUAACCUUUGCAUAACAUGGUUUGGCCCGGUCCCGAGGGUGAUCAUCGCAGAGCCAGAGCUAGUGAGAGAUAUCCUAUCCAACAAAUCUGGCCAUUUCGAGAAGUUCACAUUCAAACGUCUGGGAAAGCUCAUAGCCCUUGGGCUUGCGAGCUACGAUGGCGAGAAAUGGGCGAGGCACCGGAGGAUUCUGAACCCAGCUUUCCAUCUCGAAAAGCUCAAGGGCAUGUCACCGGCUUUCUCGACGUGCUGCACUGAGCUGAUUGAUAGUUGGGAAAGUAAACUAGCUAAUUCAGAUGGAUCACAAGAAAUAGACAUUUGGAAAGAGUUCCAGAACCUCAGUGGAGACGUGAUCUCACGCACGGCUUUCGGAAGCAGCUUCAUGGAAGGACGAAGGAUCUUCCAACUUCAAGCAGAACAAGCCGAGCGAGUAAUCAAAGCGUUUCAGUAUAUUUACAUCCCAGGUUACUUAUUCUUUCCUACUGAAAACAACAAGAGGAUGAGGGAAAUCAAUCGGGAGAUCGAAGGGCUCCUGAGAGGCAUCAUUGAGAAGAGAGAGAGCACAAAAGAGAGCAAUGAGCAUGGAGACGAUUUGCUUGGUUUGCUGCUGCAAUCGAAUAAGGCCAGUGGGACAUCUAGCCUGAGGAUGAGCAUAGAGGAUGUGAUUGAGGAGUGCAAGCUCUUCUACUUUGCGGGGAUGGAGACUACAUCAGUGUUGCUCACAUGGACACUUGUCGUGCUCAGCAUGCACCCCGAGUGGCAGGAUAAAGCGAGGGAGGAGGUUCUAAGCGUGUUUGGCAAGGACAAGCCCAGCUUCGACUGUAUGAAUCGACUGAAAACGGUGACAAUGAUAUUGUACGAGGUGCUCAGGUUGUACCCACCAGUAGUCACGCUGAAUCGAAAGACAUUCAAAGAAAUGCGUAUAGGAGACAUCUCAUACCCUGCAGGGAUAGUCGUUGAGUUGCCUGUAAUCUUGGUCCACCACAAUCCAAACAUAUGGGGAAAAGACGUGUUGGAGUUCAAGCCCCAGAGGUUUGCGGAGGGGAUUUCCAAAGCGACCAAGGACCGACCAGCUUUCUUCCCAUUCGGUUCGGGGCCGAGGAUCUGCAUCGGUCAGAACUUUGCAAUGCUCGAGGCUAAGAUGGCACUAAGCAUGAUCCUUCAGCGUUUUGAGUUUGAACUCUCAUUGUCAUAUGCCCAUGCACCAUACACUGUCGUCACACUGCAUCCUCAACAUGGUGCACAAAUUAUAAUCAAGAGCCUCAGAUGAUUAUCAUAUCUGGAAUCUCCGUGGACAUAUCUGUCGCGGGGUAGUCUUUUUUCCGAAUGGGCGUGCGGUGGAAAACAGUGACAACUUGUAACAAUAGGCAUAUAAAUUUAUCACGAGUAAUAAAUUUUAAGAUGACGAGAUAAGUUGUAGAGUGAGUGCUAUAAAUUAAUUAUGAUGUGGUUAUUGGUUGUAAAGACAGAAAGCGUUACACGCUUAUACUGGAGCCACAUAUGUACUAGUCUGGUGGUCCCUAGCCAUGACAUGACAUGUUUGAUGUUGUGUCACAUGCUAAAUAUACCACUAUGAUGUGAAUUUGGUGCAUAUACAUUAGUAUAAAAUUGUAUUAUCAGCGACACUUAUUAUAUAUUGGAGGGAGUAGUAUGAUACUAUUGAA